GUACACCACAUCGCCGCGACCAUUACGCAUGUGCAGUUACAGUCAAUUUGGAUUCGGGCCAGAGCCUGUGUGCGCAUUCCAAUUCCUGGCGCAGUUCCGGUUCCGGGUGGCGAAGGGAGUAACUGGCCAUGCGGCUCUCUGUUGUCGCUGCCAUUUCUCACGGGCGAGUGUAUCGCCGCCUGGGCCUGGGCCCCGAAUCCCGCAUCCAUCUACUGCGCAACCUAUUGACGGGACUAGUGCGCCAUGAGCGUAUCGAGGCUCCCUGGGCGCGCGUCGACGAGAUGCGCGGCUAUGCUGAGCGGCUCAUUGACUACGGGAAGCUGGGCGACACCAAUGAGAAGGCUAUGCGGAUGGCUGACUUCUGGCUAACGGAAAAGGACCUGAUCCCAAAGCUGUUCCAGACACUGGCCCCUCGCUUCAGCAAUCAAACUGGGGACUAUACAAGGAUGUUUCAGAUUCCAAACCGUGAAAACCUGGACCGGGCCAAGAUGGCAGUGAUUGAAUACAAAGGGAACCCCCUCCCUCCGUUGGUGCUGCCACGUCGGGACAACAAUCGCACACUCCUCAAUCAGCUACUUGUGGGCCUUCGCCAGGACCUGGAACAGAGGCCCCCAGCUUCUACUGCAUAAAGCCCCAAAGGGUGUAGUUCAGAGCAGCACAGCCCAGAAGACUGAGUUUUUGUUGGGGUUUUCCAGCCUGGUAGUUUGUGAGGGCAAACAACCUGUAUCACCUUCCUCUCUCUGGCUUCCCUGGAACUUCAGGGUCACUGUCUUCCCUUGUUACUAGGGAACCUCAGGCUAAGCCACACUGUGGGCACAGGAACAGAGCAAGAGAUAAAUGUGCAUAUGUGGGGCAGGCUAUUGUCCCUGGAGUCAUUCUGUUUUGCCUUCCUGAGGAAGGAAGGAUAAACUGAGAGGCUUCAGUUUGUACAAUAGAUAGUUCCUAUACAUUUGUUGUGUAUAGCUUGAAUGCUGUUUUUGUCCAUUUCUCUUUCUGACCUCUAAGGUGAGACUAUUCUCUCUGGAAGGCCUGGCUCUGAACAGGGACUCCCUUGAGUCUCCUGCCUAAUCCGGAAGCUUCAGAGGACAUUACAGCCAUCCUUCUGUGUCCAGGCAGGGACACAAGGAACUUCUACCCCAACUGUCUGUGGUACCCUUGAGUAGGCUAAGCUUAUUCUCUGUUCCCUGCGUCUCCUCUUCUCCCCCCACUUACACCCAUCAGCCGUAGGGAUUAUUGUUAGACUCCAAGACUUCGAAGACUUUGCAGGAUUGGGAUGAAGAAGAUGCAUACAAAGCUGGGGAGGACCAUCCGAGUGCUCCCCCCCAUCAUACAUAUGGGCUAACCUGUAUGAAUGGGUGUGAUGAGGGGGAAUCCCAAAACCGGUUUCAGUAAGGUCAGCCUAGGGUGGGAAUCAGGAUGUAGAUCCUGCUGGGAAUUUCCUGGAAAUAUUUCCCAUGUACUGACUUUCAGUCUACUUUCUGGGGAGGGAGGAAAUCCGGCUGUGCAAGCAAUGAGGCUCAUUCAUAUGGGCAGCCUUAGAGCUUUAGGUGCCACAGAACUAAAGGAAAUCCGAAGUCAACACCCUUUUCUCCACCCCUAAAUACACAUCCCACAAAGCCCCACAACUGUCACAAGAUUAGCACACAUGUAAGAUUUAAAUGUAGAUAAUUACCUUCUGGAAACUAAGUGGAAAUAGGGAUAGAGUCCUCUGACUCUGGUUACUCUCUGGAGGGAUAGGAAGAAGGGUGAUAAACUGACAGCUAAAACAAGGUUCUCAGUCCUGGUCACUUUGGGAUAAUGAGAAAUGCUAGUCUUAGGUACUUUUAAGAAUGAUGUUUUAAGGGAAUCCUGACCUUGGCUCAUUCUGCAGUAAAAUGAUGAGGAAAUA